GGGUUUGGUUGGGGUGGUGUGGUGUGGUGUGGUAUUGCUUUAUUAUCGGUAUCGAUCCGGCUCGCGCUCGCUCUUAACGCGGCGCUUCCUGCUUUGCGCGAAUCAUAAAGAGAGAGAGACACGCGCAUACACACACAUGCGCACAGAAAGAGAGAGGAGAGAGUGUGUGUGUGUGUGUGUGUGAGUAAGUGAGCGCGCACUCGGGCAGCGUCUAAUGGAUCCCACUGCAAACCAACCAACUCACUAAAGUAACUAACGGCUCGGUUACGCAUUAUUAAGCCCGGUGUGUCCGGCGUUUACCGGCAUGCGAAGCGGCGUGGAGGCCGGAGGAUAUCGGGGAACGUCCGCACAGGAGGCAGAGAGAGGAGGAAAAAAGGUGAUCAGUGUACGACGCACAUUUUUCUGAGCCUUGUAACACGAUCCGGAGACCUUUAAAUAUAUUCGAGGGUCCACGUGGUGUAAAGUGAGCCAGUACAACUGUCCAGAGUUGCUCGGGACAGUCCUGCCAAAGUAAGUGCCCCUCUUUUUUUUUUCCAUUUCACACCCGAAAAAGAGAAGAGGGACUCAGAACAAGCACAAAGACUUUUGGGACGCUUCAGAUCUUUUACCCACCAUUUAAAUAUUGGCCGUCAAAGUUGUAGGGUUGCGCCGACCAGAUUGUGAAAUGUACCCUCCUCUUAUCGUUUGGCCUUAAAAGAAGAAGACGAAGAGGACGAAGACGGCUGCGUUGAAUGGGGAACGUAAUUUGUAUGCUACCGAAGUUCAGGCAGGAUCUUAUGCAAAGCCUGGAGAGGGCUAAAGCACCUGCCUCUUUUACUCAACCUGUAGAGCGCGAAUUAUAAAAGGAGAGGAGCUGAGGAGCCACGUCUUGGAUGGGAUAAAGCUACGCCGUAGAUCAGGUGAAGCACCGAUCCACAUUUGGGCACCGACUUCAAGCGUCCAUCGUUUCUUCUGCUACGACUCACGACUUCAAGGCUUCCGCAUGGUCCUCUGGUCGAAAGAGCAAGACAAACUUCCCGACAUGUCCGCGGGGACGGAAAUCAUAGAGGUGAAGAAGGACUUCAUCUCUUCAAACGGCUCGGUCCACCCGGUCAUCCUGGCCGCAGGGGCUGAGGAGAGGCAGCCGAGCGGCGGCGAGUACGAGCUGACCGAGGUGACGUCUCUGCCCGAGCGGCCCGAGGCGGAAAACGAGCGGACGGAAAUGGUCGUGAUCGACUGUCGCGCCAACGCUAAGGGUCAGAGGGAGGAGGACGCCCUGCUGGAGAACGGCAGCCAAAGCAACGAGAGCGAUGACACGAGCGCGGACCAAAGCCCGGUGCCACCAGUUCCUCUGAAGGAGACGUCUUUUUCCAUAGGACUGCAGGUCGUGUUCCCUUUCCUGCUGGCCGGGUUUGGGACGGUCGCCGCCGGUAUGGUCCUCGACAUCGUUCAACAUUGGAAGGUGUUCUCUGAGGUGAACGAGGUCUUUAUCCUGGUGCCUGCUCUUCUGGGCCUAAAGGGGAACCUGGAGAUGACACUGGCCUCCAGACUGUCCACAGCAGCUAAUAUUGGACAGAUGGACACAGCCAAGGAGAUGUGGAAAAUGAUCAUAGGAAACCUCGCACUAAUUCAGGUUCAGGCCACCGUGGUCGGGUUCCUAGCCUCUAUCGCGGCAGUCAUUUUUGGCUGGAUCCCAGAGGGCCAAUUCAAGAUAGGUCAUGCUGUUCUGCUCUGUGCAAGCAGCGUAGCUACAGCCUUCAUCGCUUCCCUGCUGCUAGGCCUUAUCAUGAUCGGUGUAAUCAUCGGCUCCAGGAAGGUUGGCAUUAACCCGGACAACGUGGCCACGCCCAUCGCUGCGAGCCUCGGAGACUUGAUUACUCUGGCUCUACUGUCUGGCAUCAGCACAGGACUCUACCAGGAGCUGGAUUAUAACGAUUACGCCAAUCCGCUAGUCUGCGUGUUUUUCAUUGCCCUGACGCCUAUCUGGAUCCUGAUCGCCCGGAAAAUUCCCUCCACUCGAGAGGUGCUGUACUCCGGGUGGGAGCCUGUGAUUAUCGCCAUGGCCAUCAGCAGUGUCGGAGGCCUAAUCCUGGACAAAACCGUGUCCAAUCCCAACUACGCUGGAAUGGCAGUGUUCACUCCGGUUAUCAACGGUGUGGCAGGUAAUCUGGUGGCAGUGCAGGCAAGUCGCAUCUCUACAUACCUGCACAUGAACGGCCUCCCCAUCGCUGACGCAAAUCAACCCCCACAGAAAUGCCCCACACCCUGCACCACGUUCUUAGGCUCAGGUGUGAAUUCUCGGUCCGCUCGAGUGCUCUUCCUCCUGGUGGCUCCUGGUCACCUUGUUUUCCUGUACACCAUUAACUUAAUGCGGGCUGGACACACCACCCUCACCUAUGUCUUCAUCGCUGUCUACCUGACCGCUGCCUUACUCCAGGUGAUGCUCCUGCUGUAUCUGGCUGACUGGAUGGUGCAGUGGAUGUGGAAGAGAGGGAUGGAUCCAGAUAAUUUUUCCAUUCCCUACCUGACAGCCCUUGGUGAUUUGCUGGGUACGGGCUUCCUGGCUCUGUGCUUCCAUAUCUUGUGGAUGAUCGGCGAUAGGGACACAGACGUGGGUGACUGAACGCUCUGCUGAACGUCCACGGAAACCUCACGAGUCUUUUUUAUCACAAAAAAAAAAAAAAAACACUAUGCGACUUGCGAUAUUAUGGCUACAAUAGCCACUAUGAAUUUAAUAAUAACUCGUAAUACUAUUGCUGUAGUAGUGAUAUGUUAUGAUGAAUACAUUAUGGCUUAUCUUCUCA